AUGCUUGAACUUUCUUACGCUCGGCUGUCACGAGGUCUUUUUUGCGGGCACGCUGUGUGGGUGUGCGAUAAGCACAGUAUGGAUGGAGUUGACCCAUUUUCAUAUGUGGCUGCAUCCAGAAUACGUGUGCUUGUACGUGGUGGAAAUGCAAAUAUUUAUGAAUUACUGAAGCGUUUGAAUCCAAUUCGGUUGUCAGAAUUUGCUGAUGUGGAGGGGGUCGAUGGUGGGUAUUGA